CUAUGCAAGAUAAAGAUUUGUUUGCGUGGUACCUUAAGUGAAUGCAAUUUGAAGUGCAUUGUAACCCUGAUUGACCUUCGUUCAAUUGAAAUCUAAAUUGAAAGCUUUUCAAAAUGAGUUACUCGUGGGAUAAGCGUGUCGAGUUCAUCGUUGGUCACAUGUACGAUUUGGACAACAAUGGCUUCCUGGACAACAACGAUUUCCAGUGCAUGGCGCUGCGUGCCACCGUCAUCGAGGGUAAGGGUGACAUCAACCAGGCCCGCCUCACAGAGUACCGGACCAUCAUGAAGGCCCUGUGGGAUGAAAUCUCCGCCCUUGCCGAUUUCGAUAAGGACGGUAAAAUCACCACCGAUGAAUUCAAACAGGCCGUCAGGCAGACGUGCGUAGGCAAACCCUAUGCCGAAUUCCCCAAGGCCAUGAAGGCUUUCAUUGAUGCCCAUUACAAGAUGAUGGACAUCAACAACGACGGUCUGGUCAGCAUAGAGGAGUACCGUUAUAACUGUAUCACCCGGAUCGCCGUCGAUGACAUCAAGGUGAUCGAUGAAUCUUACAACUCCCUUGUCAGCGAUGAGGACAACAAACGCGGUGGAAUCACCCUGCAGAGAUACCAGGAGUUGUACUCCCAUUUCAUGGGUAACGAGAGCGACAAAUGCCCAGCCAUCUAUCUGUACGGCCCGAUCCCACAAUAAACCGUUUAAACCAACAUUCGAAGAUUCACCACCUUUCGCAAACCAACAAUGAAUACCACCAACCAAGCGGCUUUCGCUUAACAGUAAACUAACGACACCAGGUUUAAGUAUUAAGCUUAAGACAAACCAAGAAAACAAUGAUGCUAGAAGUGAGAAAGAGGAAAGCUUCUAAAUCAACCUCUCGACAUCAGACAACAUCUUGAUUCGAAUACUAAAACAUCCCAACUGACUAAAUAAAGCAAACAUCAAAACCGAAAAUUCAAUUUUAUUUGUAUACGAGAUUUGCAAGCAGCAGCAAACUACCGAUCUCUAGACAUCAUUGACGAUUCGGGCACAGCAGCAUCUCGAAUCGUUUCCUCUUUCCAGUAAAUGUGGUAGUUUGACCAUUGGUCCAAAACCGGUUCCAUUCCAACUAAAAAUCGAAGCGGAUAAGCCGUGUUCCCGACUACAAUAUCAUAUUCUGCGGACCAAUGGUACUCUUCAGAACAAAGGGAACACAAGCACCCACGUUUACGGUGCAUAAUGUCUAACGAACGUGAAGGAUGCCGCGCAUCCAUCUAAGAUCACGCUGGCAUCCAUCAACCAGUACUUUAAGUACUUUUUGUUAGGCUUAUUAUUCUUGCUUUUUUCAGUUUCGUUUCUAUGUCGGUGUUGUUUUUUUUUAUUUCUGAACCAGCUAGGCGAAUUUGUGCCUGCAAAUUGCCUAAGCCCGUUCCUUACUCUUACUUUUUCUAGAUUAUUUUGUUCUACUUGUUUGAAUUUGUACAUAAAACCAAGUGAGAAUCAAUUUUAAUGUUUGUUUUUAUUACUAGACCGUAGCUAUUGAAAAUUGAAAAGUUUUACUUGUUCUGAAAAUAUACUAACUACUAGCAGUAAUGCAAACACUAUUUAAUGUUAAUGAUUUUAGUGAAACUACUAUUCUUACUCUAAUUAUAUAUGUUCAUAUAUAUGUUAAUAAUUACGGUGUUUCAAAAUAUUAGCUUUAAUUGUUUAAGAAAUAUUUCUCGCCUCCUUCUUUGAAAGUUUGAAAAUCUGUAACAACAUCAACAGCUAGCACACUAACAUCGUGCAAAUAAUUGAGGUUAUGUCAUAAUGUUCGUUUGUAAUAAUACCAUCAAGAUCAAGAAAAUAACAUCAAUCUAUUAACAUUAAAGAAGGUUUGUUAGUUUUAAAACUUAAUAACCAAUAAUUAACUGUUAAGUGAAUGAAAAGACAGAAAAUGUUUAAAAAAUAGCUAGAUUAAAUAAUUUGUAAUUGUUACUCAGUGUAGGAAUCUAUCUUCAACCGAAAAACAACAAUAAAGGUGAAACUACUCUUAUUUCGUACUUUCAAUAUACUACUGUAAUGUUAUUAAAGUGCACUAGAUUAAAUGCUUGCAGCAAAAAGCAGUGAUUAUUUCCUGACAUAAUGAAUCUUACAACUAACGUGAGCUACAACAUCUUGAGCAAGUGAAUUAUAAAUAGAAUUUUGCUGGAAAUAACAACUCACUAGAGAGAACAAGUUUGACCACAAGAAACAUCUAACUAUGAUGAAACAAUACGAUUGCGAAAUACUUUGCCCAUUUAUAAUCCUUUUAUCGCGUGUGUCGUAGUGAUCCCUUUGAAGAACAACAAAAACAACAAACAACAACUUUAUAUCAAAAGCUUUAACAAAUAGCUGAAAUCUUUUAAACUUUAGAGAAAAUUGAUACCAAACUAUUUUUUUUUUGGUUCGAAUAA